CGAACGCCUCCAACCUUUCCUUGUAUUUCUUUUUCCCCCCUCCAAGAUAUGCGAUUACCUUCUUCUGUCGCUGCAAAAGUUAAACAGACCAAACCGGAGGAGGCGGUCUACGAUGUGGAACGCACGCUCUUUGGGUUACUUGAACGUAAGAGCAUCACCGUUCCCGAACCGACAGGUAACUUCUUCGAUGGUUUGGUUUGGGUGAUUCUAGUAGUGUAGACGGUAAACCGUUACGCAACUCGACCAAGUGGUUUAUUGGUGAAAGGAG